UUAAUCACAAAGAAAGUGGUCUACUUUAUUACCCUUCAUUUCUGUGUCUCCCCUGCUUCUCCAACCACACCCACCAUUUUUAACCUCCAAACCGUUUACCCGCUCACUAAAUGUUGACCUGAAUCCUCGGCAAAUACAGGCAGUAACAAUCAAGAAAGAAUAUGCUGUUAUUUAACCUUCCUUCCUAAUUGAACCAUCAUUACACGAGUUUCGUUGUUUUGCUUCAGAUGGAUGUUGCAAAUUCACAUGAAUCCUCCUCUGCAACAUCUGGAUAUGUUUAUGACGUGUUCUUGAGUUAUAGAGGCGAAGACACAAGAAAUUUCGUCCAUUAUCUAGUCUCCAGUUUGGAGCAGUUAGGAAUUCGAACAUUUAGAGAUGAAGUUGUUACGAGAGGGGAAGAUAUACUGAUUGCAACACUAAAAGCGAUAGAGGAGUCUAAAAUAGCAAUAGUAGUGUUGUCUAAUGAUUAUGCCUCCUCAAGAUUCUGCCUUGAUGAACUUGCUUUUAUUAUGGAACGUACGAAGAGUGUUGGGCUUAUUGUUCUUCCUGUUUUCUAUGAUGUGGAUCCAUCACAAGUCAGGAAACAGACUGAUAGUUUUAAAGAGGCAUUUUCUAGACAUGAAAAGUUCUUCAAAGAGGAUAUGAAAAGGGUGCAGCGCUGGCGGUCGGCUCUUAGCCUGAUCGCAAAUUUGUCUGGAUUCUGUUUGGAUAACAGGUCUGAAGCAAAAUGUAUUCAACAAAUUGUUAAUCAUGUUGAGAACAGAUUCAAGCGCACAAGAUUAUAUCUACCCUCUUAUUUAGUUGGAAUUGAUUCUCGUGUAAAGGAAAUUAACUUGUGGUUACAAGAAGGAUCAGAUGAUGUUGCUAUUGCGGCAAUUUGCGGGAUUGGUGGAGUUGGGAAGACAACCAUUGCCAAGGCUGUUUUUAACCUAAACUAUUACAGAUUUGACGGUUCUUGUUUUCUUUCAGAUGUAAGAAAAACCUCAAAGCAACCUAAUGGUCUGGUUAAAUUGCAGAGACAACUUCUUUCAGAGAUCUUGAAGGUGGAUAUAAGCACAAUAAGAAAGAUACACAAUUUACACGAAGGAAUUAUAAAGAUAAAAGAGGUUACACAGAUGAGAAGAAUUCUCAUUGUCCUUGAUGACAUUGAAUGGAAGGAGCAUUUAGAGGCAUUUAUUGGAGAUCGAAGUUGGCUUUUUCCAGCAAGUAGAGUCAUUAUAACAACUAGAUAUCAACAUGCUCCAAGUUCUGUUGAGCCUUGUAAGAAAUUUGAAGUUCCGGUACUUAGCGAGAAUGAAUCACUUCAGCUUUUCAGUUUGCAUGCUUUUAGACAAACAUAUCCUAUGGUUGACUAUAUAGAGCAUGCUAAGAGGGUAGUAAAUCAUUGCGGGGGGCUUCCAUUAGCUUUGGAAGUCUGGGGUUCUUCGUUAUUCGGCCGAUCUAUAUAUAUGUGGGAAUGCUUUUUAAAAAAACGGGAAGCCAUUAAUGAUCCUAAAGUUCAUGAGAUUCUCAGAAUAAGCUAUGACUCAUUGAAUGAUCAUGACAAAGAUUUAUUCCUUGACAUAUGUUGUUUCUUUGUUGGAAUGGACAAAGACUAUGUAUCUGCCAUACUGGAAGGAUGUGGUUACUGUAGCAUAAUUGGAUUUCAGAAUCUUAUUGAUAGAUUUCUACUAAUAAUUGAUGAAGAAAACAAAUUGAUGAUGAAUCAAUUGGUAAGAGAUAUGGGAAGAGAAAUUGUCCGUCAAGAAUCAACUUUUGACCUUGGGAUUCGUAGCAGAUUAUGGCGUUAUGAGGAUUCAUUGACUGUAAUGAGAAUCUAUAAUGGAACUGCAGCUAUUAGAGGCCUCGUCCUCAACAAACAAGAAGCAAACCAAGCUUCAACAAAUGAAGUGGAAAUCAACACCAAGGCAUUUGCAAAAAUGAGUAAUCUAAAACUGCUCCACCUAAAUAAUGCAAACCUUCAAGGAGGGUAUAAUGAUUUUCCUAAAAGUUUAGCAUGGUUGUGCUGGCAUGGGUCACCUUUGAAUUUCAUACCAAAUAAUUUCUCCCUCGAGGAUCUCGUUGUACUUGACAUGCGCUGGAGUAGUCUAAUACAAUGUUGGAAAGGAAUUCUGGUUCUUGCGAAGUUGAAAUUCAUUGAUCUCAGUCAUUCGCACUGCCUUGUUAAAACCCCUGACUUUAGAGGACUCCCUUGUCUUGAAAGAUUGAAGCUUAAAGAUUGCGUAAACCUGAUUGAGGUUGAUGAAUCCAUUGGAUACCUUGCGAAGCUUGUUUCAUUAAAUUUAAAAGACUGCAAAAACCUCAAGAAGCUUCCAGAAAAAAUCGUCAUGGUGAAUUCCUUGAAGAUGAUUAAUCUAUCAGGUUGCUGGACACUUGAUGAGCUGCCAAAUGGGUUGGGGAAAAUGGCGUCAUUAAUAGUAAUUGAUGCUCGUGGAUAUCUUAUGCAGGGUGGUAUGGGAUUGACUAAGCCGCCAAAGGUGGAGGAGUGGGAGAGGUCAAAGGAAGUUCUCUUGAUUGAUAAUGAAUUAUCUAACUUACCUACAGGUAUGAGGUGCCCCAUUCUUCAAGCACUGUUCCUUCAAAGAAACUAUAAACUAAGAAUGAUACCUCCUUUAUUUUUUGAUUGUAUGCCUGUUCUACAAGUCCUGAACUUAUCUAGAACUGGUAUCAAGUCUUUGCCCGAGUCUCUUUUUAGGUUGAUCCACCUCAGAAGACUUUUUCUAAACCAUUGUGAGUAUCUCUUGGCAUUGCCACCUCAAAUUGGAGAACUCAAGCAUCUUGAGGUACUUGAUGUUGAAGGGACAGAGAUGAUGGAAUUGCCCAAGGAGAUAGAAAAAUUAACAAAUCUCACAUGCUUGGAAGUGUCUUUUAGUGAACCUAUCAGUCAUAGCGUGCCAGAGCAGUCGAGUUUGAUUCCCCUUGGGGUUAUAUCAGCUCCAUCGAAGUUAGAAGAGUUGAAUAUUGAUGUGAGCCCAGAUGAUGAGCGGUGGAAUGCAUGUGUGAGAGCUGUUGUUUCUGGAAUAUGUAGAUUAACCACAUUAAGUUCUCUUAAAAUCUAUUUACCACAGGUGCAACUUUUGAGCCACUUCAUAUCGGAUGGCAAACAGAUGAUGUCAUCGCUGUCACAUUUCAGAUUUUCAGUCGGUCAUCAUGGCAAGCGCUUCAUAUCUCGGAUCCCAUGUUGUGUUGAGUUUGAACUGAAACAACAUGAUAGAUGCUUGAAAUACAUAAAUGGUGAAGAUAAAGUUUUACCUUUUGAUAUUAUUGAGGUACUUAGACAUGCAACUGCAUUUUUUUUGGACCGCCAUGCAAAUGUCAAAACAUUAUCUGAAUUUGGUUAUGAAAAUAUGAAGCAACUUAAAUGCUGUGUCGUGGGGGAAUGCAAUGAGAUUCAAGCAAUCAUAGAUGAAGAUCAAAAGGAAACCUACCAAUACAGCGAUACGAUUGUUGGCCUUGUAUCUCUGGAAUAUUUGUACAUAUGUUAUAUGAAGAAUUUAAGGAGCAUUUGGAAGGGGCCAAUGAAGAAUGGUGGCUUAUUUUCUUUGAAAUCAUUGACCUUGCGGGUAUGUGCGCAAUUGACAACAAUUUUUACUCCGGCAUUGCUCGAAACUCUUCCUAGGCUUGAAGAGCUUAUAGUUGAUGGUUGCCCUAAAUUAACAAGCUUAGCAAGUAGUUGUGAUUAUAAUAAGGAUUCUUUUCUCCCUCGUUUGAAGAGGUUGUCACUUCAUUUUUUACCUGAAUUAGAUAGCAUCUUUGCAGGAUUGCUUGCAGAUCUCCCCAACCUUGAGGAGCUUACAGUUGAUGGUUGCCCCAAAAUCACAAAGUUAGCAAGUUGCAAUGGUUCCAAGGAUGGGACCACUUCCAACUUCCCAUCCUUGAGGAAGAUAUCACUUCAUUUCUUACCUCAGUUAUCUAGCAUUUCAGAUGGUUUACCCAUUUCACCAGUACUAGAAUGGAUGAGUUUAUACUAUUGCCCAAAUCUUAAGAGUCUCCCAAUUAACAAAGCCUUCAAUCAAACUCUGAAGACAAUUAAGGGGGAGCUAAGUUGGUGGCAGGCAUUGAAUUGGGAAAGUGAUAAGCAGGAUUCUUGGGGUGACAUUUUUGUUCCGGUUGAUUGAUUAAUGUGAUCAAAAUGUACAACCUA